UCGUUCAUCUUCCUCACUUAGAAAACUUGAACUCGGAGAAUUGGAGAGCAUGCAUUUUGCGAAGGACAUCCAUCCAAAAAAAUCGAGCGACUUUCUGAAAUCUGGGUUUUGGGUUAAUUUCUAGGGUUUAAACUAACAAUUUAGGGGGUUUUCGGGGGAUUAUUUGGUGAAUUUCAAGGGACUUGUUGAAGAAGAUUCAUAGGUUUGCUAGGUUGAUUUCAAUCAAAUCCUCUACGUAAGGCUUCAAUUCGCCUUUAUCUGAAGAAAAUUACAACAUAUAACUCGAAUCAAAGCCAGGGAUUAGAAGACUGACUUGGUGAGACUGGCUACUAGAAGGGAAUAAUGUGAGAGUUGGAAGGAUGAGUCAAGGACCUGUAAAUGUUUGAAGGCUAGAGAUGGAGAGUAUGAGGUGUUGGAUGGGAAAUUUGUGCUACCUAGCAACUUAAAGGAGAAAACUUGUUCCUGUAAUGUAUGGCAACUGUCUGGAUUGCCAUGCAAGCAUGCUAUGAGGGCAAUUUUACAUGCAAAUGAAGAUCCUAAGAAGUAUGUGACUGAAUGGUACUCCUUGAGAAGGUAUUGGCUGACUUAUGCCAACACCAUGAAGUCCAUCCCAGAUGUUGAAGAAUGGCCUGACAAUACCUAUCCAGAAAUAGCCCCAUCCAAUAUGAAAAGAGGUAUUAGCAGACCUGCAAGAAACAGAAGAAUGGAGGAAGGUGAGCAGGCAAAGGGAAAAAGGUCCAAGACUGUAAAGUGCAGCAAAUGCCAAAAUUAUGGCUAUUACUGUCAGACAUGCCAAGGUGGUCUUACUGGGAAAGAAAAAGCAGCAAUGGUUGUAACUGCAGGGCAGAAGAAGAAGCAGGCCUCAAAAUCAAAGCCAAAGGGGGUGUCUCUGUCACAACCUGAUCCAACAACAAUUGCUUCAACUUCACACCCAAGAAGAACCUCACCAAGAACAAGGAAGGGUGUCUCGAUCUGCCUCUCAGUCUGCUUAGUUGACUAUCAUUUUCAAUAAUAGUUGGUUUUUGAACAUAUUUGAAAGUCCUGAUGUAUUUUGUCUAAGUUUUUGAUGUUCUGAGCACAAGACAGUAGUUAGUAGACUCAGCUUUGAUACGGCAGUAACUUAUGUUCAGCUGGAUUGCAUAAGUAUCAUUUUAAUCUAAGCUUGGGUUGCAAUUAACUUAUGUUUUUGUCUAGAAUUUUGCAAUGGUAUCAUGUUGUUUU